AUGUUUUGUUUUUGUUGGAAAUUGUACACUCAGCUAGACUUUAGGGACAAAGACAAGCCUAUCGAACUCAAUACAGUUCCCGUUACACUUCUUAAAAGGAGAAAAAGGGUUAGCCGGGAUAUAAUCAAACAACAGCGUCUGCGUUCUGAGGAGUUACGUAAACGUGCCCGGAAACGCAGAAGUCUUAUCAAACCUCCGAUCCGUUUUAUAAAGACGGGCCUCAGGCGGUCUUACGAUGAGUUACGUUUGCAGCGGGUCGCUAAACGCAGAUCUCCGUUUUUAACAUCUGAUCAACCAAGACUGGGUAUUGUAAUUCGGUUGAAGGACGAUGAAGAACAACUUGCAGAUGUUUGUAAAGAUGUAUUUCGAUUACUUCGUCUUGAUACCCACAAUCAAGCAGUUUUCAUUAAAAUUACAAAGGCUACUCUUAGUCUGUUAAAUAUUGUUUCACCCUAUGUGGUAUGGGGUUAUCCUUCUCUGCAAGUGGUGCGCGAUAUGGUUAUGAAGCGUGGGCGUACUAUGCUUGGUAGACACAAACAUUCAAUCGAUAACAAAAUCAUUGAAGAGAAAUUAGGUCACUGUGGGAUUUUGUGUAUAGAAGACAUUAUCCACGAACUUGUAACUAUUGGUCCAAACUUUAUCGCCGUUCAGCGCUUUUUAUGUCCAUUCAAACUUAUGUCAUCCAGUCGUGAUUGGAUGUCAGGCUCACGGCGCUGUCACGCUCGUGUUGAUUCUCUAACGGGGUUUCGAGAAGAACAAUUAAAUGAAAUGAUUCGUAGAAUGAUAUGA